AUGGCCGUCCUCAGCACGUUCUGCGCCAAGCAGCGCCGCGACCCAGGAAGCAAUGGGGAGGCUUAUGGAGAGCUGGUGUCACUCUCUUCACGCACAGAAGGCCGAGGACACGAGCAGCACGGCACCGACCGUGUUUGGUUUUUUUUCUUACAGUCCUUUAAACUCCUGGGAUUUCUUGAUGUUAAAAGUGUCCCAUGUGCACGAGAAUCGGUGCUCUAUGGCUCCCUGGGAUCUUUAGUUGUGGGUCUUGGACAUUUUGUAGCAACUAGUAGAGUUAGAAGAUCUUGUGACUUCGCAGUUGGUGGCUUUAUUUGCACAAUGUUAGGAUACUGGUUUUACUGCAGGUACAAUUUGGCCCAACAGAGGAUCCGGCAAAGAAUGCUUAAAGAAGGAAUGAGAAACAAAAUUUUAUUUGAAGGCAGUUCUCUUGAUCCAGAAAGAAAACAAACCGGCAAUGAAAGAAGCAAUUCAUAGCCUGCUGUAGAGGAAUCUGUGGUCUAAUACAGCUUUGGGAGAAGGGGGUCCAAAAAUGGCAGUCUUCCCUGUAAAUGUGUGAGGUGCCUGAAACUGAUAAAUCAUGCUGGCUUUCCUAGCAAAUCCCAAGCAAGAAAAUCAUAGUGAACUGUUAAGUCAGCACACAAGCCUUUCUUUGUUUCAUAUGUGUAUGUAUGUGUGUAUACGACUGUGUACACAGUUACGAAUGACCUCCUGUUAAACAUCUGGGAACUGAUGUGUUCCGUUACAGGGUCUUGAGGAUUAAUGACGGUGUUUGGGGACUGCUUUAACUUCCGUUGAAAACAGAAUGGUUCGUUUUAGCAAAGUUGUAAUUACAUCUCAUUUAAAUACAGGAAAAUAUUUUCAUCCGCUGUUCUCUGAGAAAAUGUAUCCUUCAGUGCUACUGUUAAUUGUGCUCUUUGUAAAACAGAAAUAUUGAAACAGUAGGUGAAGGCUUUGCUUGUGCAAGGUGGGUGAUAUCAGUAGCCUUUGUAAGAUUUCAGCUGCAGAAUAGCUUCAGAUAAUUCAUACACACUGUGAAGUUGAAGGAUUUCCAUUUUUGUUGUCUGUGCGAAACU